AUGAAGUUACCUCCAGGAUAUGCUGAUCGUAAGGGGGACUCUCUUCCUCCUAACCCUGUUUGUAAACUUCAAAAGUCUCUCUAUGGCCUCAAGCAAGCUUCACGUCAGUGGUUUCUUAAAUUCUCUACUACUUUGACAUCUUUGGGCUUCAUACAGACACAUUCUGAUCACACGUGUUUCAUCAAGAUCACGGAUGCUCUUUUCCUCUGCGUCAUUGUCUAUGUCGAUGAUAUUGUUAUUGUCAGCAAUACUGAUUCUGAGGUGGAUUUGUUAAAGCAACAGCUAAAGCACCAUUUCAAGCUCCGUGACUUGGGUCCGAUGAAGUACUUCCUUGGCUUGGAAAUAGCUAGAUCAUCAGAUGGAAUUCAUGUCUGUCAACGAAAAUAUGCUUUAGAUUUACUUGAUGAGACAGGUCUUCUUGGCUGCAAACCAUCAAGCGUUCCAAUGGAUCCUUCUAUUAAAUUCUCUAAAGAAGAAGGUGGUGCUCUAGUUGACGCUGAGGCAUAUCGAUGUCUUAUUGGUCGUCUCAUGUAUCUUCAAAUCACGAGACCCGACAUCACCUUUGCUGUGAACAAGCUUAGUCAGUUCUCUUGUGCUCCACGUCAGAGUCAUCUCACAGCGGUGCUCAAGAUUCUGCAUUACAUCAAAGGAACCGUUGGUCAAGGUCUGUUUUAUUCCUCUAAAGCUGAACUUCAAAUACAAGCAUUUGCUGAUGCUGAUUGGGGAUCGUGUCAAGACACUCGAAGAUCAACCUCGGGUCAUUGCAUAUCUCUUGGUACAUCUCUUAUCACUUGGAAGUCGAAGAAACAACAGGUGGUUUCGAAAAGUACCGCAGAAGCUGAAUAUCGGAGUCUCUCUGUUGUUACUGAUGAGAUUCUCUGGCUUACGAACUUUCUUAAGGAGCUGCGUAUUCCCUUGUCCAAGUCCACACUGUUGUUCUGUGACAACACAGCUGCGAUUCACAUCGCGCAUAAUACUGUGUUUCAUGAACGUACUAAGAACGUUGAGAUUGACUGCUAUAAUGUUCGUGACUGGUUAGUUGCAGGUUUGUUUAAACUUCUUCAUGUACGGACUGACUUGCAGCUAGCUGACCCGUUUACAAAGCCUCUUUACCCUGCUCAGUUCAAGCGGUUGUUUGGCAAGAUGGGUCUACUGAACAUUUUCGUCCCAUCUUGA